CUCAGUGGCAGUCUAUAAAGGAGAAGGCACAACUUUUUUUAGCGGCGGAACUUUUCCCUGACUCAGUUCUGCGGAAGUACAGCUCGACUCAAGUCUGCGUGCAACAGGUGUCACUUUUUCUCUAUGGUCGUUGUGUGAAAGCUCCCAACUUGUUUGGCUUGCGGGUGAAGAAAAAAGUUGUCAGAUUUACCAGCAAAAUGUCUCAACUUAGACCCAGGCUGUGUGUUCUGGAGAAAGGGACAAGUGGUUACGGGUUCCACCUGCACGGAGAGAAGGGCAAAACCGGGCAGUUCAUCCGGCUCGUUGAGCCCGACUCCCCUGCCUCCUCGGCCGGGUUGCUCGCCAGAGACCAGCUGAUGUUCGUGAAUGGGGAGAAUGUGGAGGGCGAGAGCCAUCAGCAGGUGGUAACGAGGAUACGGGCAACCUCCGGGGCUCUGGAGCUUAUCGUAGUGGACCCCGAAACGGCGGAGCUGCUGAGCAAACACGACCUUCACUGCCGGAAAGAAUACGUUGCUGAGGGCAUUCCCCUGCCCGGAGGGGACAGCGACUCGGACCGCGAGGACAGGCGCCGCAACAGUACCCCUGUCCCGCGUGAGAAUGGGGACACGUCCUCGGUGGAUUCAGGGAGUGUCGGCUCCAGCACGAAGGUGGAGAGGGACGGGCCGCGCCCUCGUCUCUGCCUCAUGAAGAAAGGCUCCGGUGGCUAUGGCUUCAACCUGCACAGUGAGAAGAACAAGCCAGGCCAGUACAUCCGAGCCGUGGACAAUGACUCCCCAGCGCAAAAAGCCGGCCUUCGACCACAGGACAAGAUCAUCCAGGUCAAUGGUGUGUCGGUGGCUGGGAAGCAGCACUCAGAGGUGGUGGCGGCCAUCAAAGCCGCGGGAGACCAAACCAAGCUGCUUGUGGUCGACGCGGCGGCCGAGGAAUUCUUUAACAAGUGUAAUGUCCAGCCCACCGAGGAGCACAUCACUGGACCACUUCCUGAGCCCGUGUCAGAGAGAGGAUCAGACGAGGGGGUAGCCUCAAAGUCUAAGCCUAAACUGUCUGUGAGCUCCCAAUCUUCCAGUUCCUCAUCUAACACCUCCCAGCCAGCAGCAGAUCGUAGCUCCUCACCUCCACAGGUCGAGAGGACCCCGCAACACGAGUCAUCACAACCGGCCGAGACAUUGAGCCUGAACUUGUCUCUGGCCCAGGCCAAAGAACGAGCCCAUCAGAAGCGAGCCGCUAAGAAAGCCCCGCAAAUGGACUGGAGCAAGAGGAACGAACUGUUCAGCAACCUAUAAACGUCAUCACCUCCAUGGGGCUCUGUGCUGCCCCCCAGCUCCACUGCCCCCAGUGGAGAAUUCAGAGACAAUAAGCCUCUCAUUAUGUAUGCGUCUGCUGCUGUGAGGAUCCUGCAGUCUGACGAACCAACUCAUCUUAAACCCAGGUUUAACAGUAUUAUAUCCUGAUUUUAUUGUUUUAAUUUAGAGAUUUGCCACUUCUGUUUCAUUCUUUCAUGUUUUAAUGACGACUAGACUGCCAGCAUCUCACGCAGAAAUAAAUGUUUCUAUAAUAUAAAGAGUUGAAGUAGUUUUGCUCAGUUUCUCAUUAGGAGCGCGUGCUGAAUAGCAGGGCGUCAACAAAAUAAAUUCUUCUCAUAUUCUGCGUCAAAAUUUUCGGAGGUGAACAAAUCAAUAUACAUUUAUUUCAGUCAGUAACUACUGGGACCUUCACAUUUUAUGUUCUGAUGUCUGAUUCCAAGAUAUGAGAUUACUGUUUUUGUUGUCUUUGAUAAACAUGUACAUACAUGGAUUAAGGAGACGUUUUGGCUGGACCGACGAAAUCUGAAACGUUCCUGCGUGUUCUGUCGAUUCUGCUGAAAUCGGUUCAUGUUUAUAGCUGUACCUGUUGGUUCGAAUGUGUAUCACAGGAGGGUUUUAGGAAAAAAAACUGUAUGUUCUUAUGUUUCUGUUCUGUAGAAUGUAAUGAUGAAAAAUAUAGCAUUUGGAUCAAACAGA